AUGAUGCCUUCCAUGGGCGUCCCCAGCCUGUCCUGGAUGCUGUUCUCCUGCCUGAUGCUCCUGUCUCAAGUCCAAGGGGAAGAUUCCCAGAAGAAACUGCCCUCUGCACGGAUCAGCUGUCCGAGAGGUUCCAUGGCCUAUGCGUCCUACUGCUAUGCCUUGUUUACAACACCUAAAACCUGGAUGAAUGCAAACAUGGCUUGCCAGAAGAGAUCCUCAGGACAACUUGUGUCUGUGCUCAGUGGGGCUGAGGGAUCCUUCGUGGCCGCCCUGGUCAAGAACAACUUGAAAACUGUCUCAGACGUCUGGAUUGGGCUCCAUGACCCCACAGAGGGCUCUGAGCCCAAUGGCAGUGGAUGGGAGUGGAGUAGCACUGAUGUGCUCAAUUACGUUGCCUGGGAGAAAGAUCCCUCCACCAGCUCAUCCCCUGGUUAUUGUGGGAGCCUGUCCAGAAACUCAGGCUAUCUGAAGUGGAGACAUUAUAACUGUUCUGUGAACUUACCCUAUGUCUGCAAGUUCAAGGGCUAAGUCGGA